GUGUAUACGAGCAACAGUAGACAACAGUGUGUUGUUGCUGUAGACGCGCAGUAUUGAUGUUUGGGUCACGUGAGGAUCAAAGGCUGGAAGACUAAAACGAUCGAUCCAUUGAUCUCGUCGCUGCGUGUCGUCAUUUGUUUGAUCAGAUGUUUGGUGCUCGAGUAGGAUGGGCUUUCACACCUGGCGCGGUUUACAUUAAGCGACUUCGUAGCUAGUGUUGUUGUUUUUGGCUUUUAUUUAUUAUUAAUAUAACGCGAUAUAAUAUUAGUAAAACAAAAAACAGGACGACCGCGGACUUUUUUCAUAUUUUUCCCUGAUGUCGGACUGCAGCUCGUCGGGUUCCGAUGAGGAUUUGGACCCUGAGAUAGAGCUGCUGGACGAGCUCGGCGGCAAACUCAGUAAGUGGACAAACUACAUUCAUGGAUGGCAGGAUCGCUGGAUUGUGCUGAAGGGCAAUAUUCUGAGUUACUACAGGUCAGCGGAUGAGAAGGAGUACGGCUGUAGAGGGUCCAUCUGUCUCAGCAAGGCUGUCAUCACGCCUCAUGAGUUUGAUGAAUGCCGUUUUGACAUCAGUGUGAACGACAGCAUCUGGUACCUGAGGGCUGAAUAUCCUUUGCUCCGGCAGCAGUGGAUCGAUACCAUUGAACUUCACAAGACUGAGUCAGGCUACGGGUCUGAGAACAGUUUACGUCGCCAUGGCUCUCAACUGUCCCUCACCUCUGCCGCCAGCAUCCUCUCCACCACCUCUGCAUCCUCCUGCAAGAAGGGAUACAGCCUGCGGGAAAAGCUAGCGGAGAUGGAGACUUUCCGGGACAUUCUUUGCAGGCAGGUGGACACAUUGCAGAAGUAUUUCGACAACUGUGCAGAUGCUGACAGUAAAGAUGAACUCCACAGGGACAAAGUAUCUGAGGAUGAGGAAGACUUUCCAACCUUAAGGCCAGAUGGAGAUUAUCUGCUCAACAACAAUAGCAGCAAAGAGAAAUUAUUUCCUGUGGGCAGCCUCAAAGGUCCGUUAGGCAUCGAUUUCAAGGGUGAAGCAAUCACGUUUAAAGCUACCACAGCAGGAAUCCUGUCCACACUGUCCCACUGCAUUGACAUUUUGGUCAAAGGAGAGGAAAGCUGGCAAAGACGACUUGAUAAGAACAUUGAAAGGAGAAGACGGGCUGAAGAUUCCUGCAAAGCUGCACUGACCGAGCUGAAGAAGAAGCCUCAUUAUGGAGGACCAGACUAUGAAGAAGGACCAAACAGUCUGAUCAAUGAAGACGAGUUCUUUGAUGCUGUGGAAGCUGCGUUGGACAAACAUGACCAGAUCGAAGAGCAAAAAUGUUACUGUCCUGUUUUGCAGUCCCAGGCAGAAAGGAGCAGGGCAUCUCGCCGGAUCUCCCUCCCUCCAGACACCUAUUUCUCCAUCAGCACUCAGAAAUACUUGACUAAGCCUCACAGCCAAACUUCCUCCUCCUCCUCCAUUGACCUCGUAAGUUCCUCCGAUGGCGUGCACCGGUUCAGUGCUCAGAUUGAGGAGAUGGUCAAGAGCCACAUGAAUUACUCUUUGCAGGAUGUGGGUGGAGAUGCUAACUGGCAGCUGGUUGUUGAAGAAGGGGAAAUGAAGGUGUACAGGAGAGAAGUGGAGGAGAACGGCAUCGUUCUGGAUCCUCUCAAAGCUACUCAUGCCGUCAGAGGGGUCACAGGUCACGAGGUCUGCCACUACUUUUGGGACACAGCUUUUCGGAACGACUGGGAAACAACUGUUGAAAGCUUUAAAGUGGUUGAGACACUCUCAGAUAAAGCGGUCCUCAUUCAUCAGACACAUAAGAGGGUGUGGCCUGCUUCCCAGAGAGAUGUGCUUUAUGUAUCGGUUAUGCAAAAAAUUCUCUCCACUAAUGAGAAUGAUCCAGACACCUGGCUGGUGUGCAACUUCUCAGUGGAUCAUGACGGCUAUCCACCUUCUUCUAGAUGCAUUCGUGCCAAAAUCAAUGUAGCCAUGAUCUGUCAAACGCUAAUCAGCCCACCAGAGGGAGACGAAAAGCUCACCAGAGACAACUUCCUCUGUAAAAUCACAUAUGUAGCCAAUGUAAAUCCUGGUGGUUGGGUUCCUGCAUCAGUCCUGCGAGCUGUAGCCAAGAGAGAAUACCCCAAAUUCCUGAAACGCUUCACCUCAUAUGUUCAAGAGAAGACCAGUGAUGAGGUUAUUCUCUUCUGAGCAACACCGGCUUGUUUAAUCUACAUUCCCAGUUUGCUUUCUGUCUCAAAUGAAGAAACGCUUUAUUCACAUUGUUCUACCAUCAGAGAGUGCUGCUCUGCCCAAGUGCUCUUGACACUCUUCAGAAACCUUUUCAACCCGUAUCCAUACAGACCAAACAACAGCCAAACACCAAAAAUGGUACGAAGUCUGUAAAAGCACCUUUGAAGAGUGCAAACACACUAGAAUAACCAGCACAGCCUGUUCAUCUUCAGAAGGCCUUACUUGUGUUUCCACAAAUGAGCUGCGGCUCUGGUUUUAUUAAAGUAAUUUACAUUUUUGUAAAUAUUUGAUCAGAGUUUGAGGUCUGACUGUGGUCUUGAUGAGAGAUACAGUAUAGAUGCAUCUUCUCAGCUGUAUGGAGCUUUCUCACUGGCCAUAUGUUUUAGGAAGACCCUUUUCUAGCCCUGAUGAUCAAGAUGUCAUCAGGAACUUAAGUCUGAAGAUCUUUUGUACAGUUUGUAUCUAAAAUGUUUAAGAUUAUUUACAUAUGAAGGCAUUUUGAUUAUUGUAAUUCAUAAAUGUUGCUUUAGGCAAAGUGUACAUUUUAUUGGGAAGUGCUUGUGUAAGACAAUAUUCAAGCAGAGAGGGUAUUUAGGUAGAUGUGAAAAGUUGGCAAUGACUAUUAUUGAACCGUAAUUGCCUCUGUCUUGUUUUUCUUUUCUUGUCAUUUUUUUUUUCUUGUUUUAAAUUUGUUUCAAUUUAUUUGCGACUUCUUAAAGAAUUGGUUCAUCAUUACCUGUUGGGAUUCCAUCUAUACGAUUUGAGUUGUGCCAUCUAUGCUUAUGAAAGAAGGGGGAUUGAGUUUGGAGUUUCAGUUUAUUUUAUUAUGUUUUGUCACUUUUUGAGUUAAUAAAUUUAGCACAUUUUCUUUUUAACUAUCACUAGUCUUAAAUGGAUAGUUCAUGCAAAAAUGAGCAUUUUACUCAUCCUUUAUAUAUCCAAAUAUAACGACUUUCUUCUGUCAAACAAAAAAGAAAAUGUUAUGAGAAAAUGUUUUUCACCAUGCAGUGGAAGUCAGUGUUACCAAUGAACCAACAUUCUUUAAAAUGUUUGUGUUCUUGUGAAAGUCAUUCAGGUUUGGAACAACUUCAGUAAAUUAUUUGUAUUUUUUAAGUGAACUAUCCCUUUAAAAAAGGCCUCAAGGUUAUGAUUUUUUUAGAUGAGAAAUUAAAUGCACAUGUAAGACACCACUGUUUGUUUAAGUAUGCAUCAUAACGUGUUAAAUAUAUUUUCUGUAACAUUGUUUGCACUAAACAAUCUGAUUUUUUAUAUAUAUAUAUAUAUAUAUAUAUAUAUAUAUAUAUAUAUAUAUAUAUAUAUAUAUAUAUAUAUAUAUAUAUAUAAUCCCAUCAUAGUCUUUCCAUACUAAUACUUGAGUUCAGAACGCCUGGUUUGAUGCAUGUAAGGUGCAAAGUAAAGAAUUCACUGCAUUAGUUGCCUGCCACUACAACUUUGCUGCUGCAGUUCUGCUUCGAGCACUUUUAUGUAGUUUACUGCUGUGAAAUUCUUUGCUCAUGACAGCAAGAACAAGAAACUUUCUGAUUUUAUUUUGAGAUUGAUCUACAGAUGUUGAAAGAUUUACGGGGAAAAAAUGCUUUGUAAAUGACUUUCUAAAUGUACGUAGUAUUACCAACUUAUUAAUGGAACAAAAUUUUAUGAAACAAAAGCAUAAUGUUGACUUUUCAUUUUAUGUUCUUGCCUAUAGUUUGUUAAUCUCACUUAAGGAUUAUUUCCUGUGUUGUUGAGGUUCAUAAAGGAGGAAUAUCUUGCUGUACAAUGCAAUAAACUGACAGUAUCUCA